UGUUUCUAAGUUUAAAACUUUUUUGUCAAUAUCUGCAGGUGAAGCUACUCAAAUUUACUGGUUACAAGAUAUUAAACAAUGUCUCGGAUACCGGCAAGGCGUUUCUGAUUAUUCUGGUUACUGAUAUCUUUUUGGGGUAUCAUUCUGAAUCUGGUUGGCAGACUUUGCUCGAGGUCCUUGUGGAGCAUUAUGGCAUUGAAGUUGAUCCAGCAAUGAUAACCUUAUUUGUCUGCCUGGUUCCAGUUAUAAUUGAUGCCUGUGUGAAGCUUUGGAUGUUUAAGUUCUUGCCGAGAUUAUCACCUAGCGUGUCCAAUAUUUUCCGGGAAAUGACGAGGCAUUAGAGAGACUUUCCCCAUCUCUGGUUUUGGUUGCAGCAGCAUCGACAGGUAGAACAUACCAUCAGUCCCAUGAUUAUUCUAUAUUUCAAAUACUUUUUUCCUUUCUUUCCACUUUUCCAUAUAGAGGCUCCAUAUCCAGAUAUUGGAGUAAAGUGUAAAAGCACAUUUUGUAUUUUUCAUAAUGUGAAUAGCUUGUCAUCAAAGUGGCAUCAUUCCUUGAAUAUCUUGGAUCAGAAUUGUGGGAAUAUUUGUUACCCCGUCA